AUGAAGCUAAGGAAGCAGGUGACUGUGUGUGGAGGAGCCAUCUUCUGCGUGGCUGUGUUCUCUCUUUACCUGAUGCUGGAUCGGGUCCAGCACGACCCUGCACGGAGACAGAGCGGUGGUAAUUUUCCGAGGAGCCAGAUUUCGGUGUUGCAGAACCGGAUCGAGCAGCUGGAACAGCUCCUGGAGGAGAAUCACCAGAUCAUCAGCCACAUUAAAGACUCCGUGCUGGAGCUGACCGACACUGGCGCCGUUUCACCCAAUGGACACCUCCCCUUCCGCAGCGCCAACGGAUCCUGGGUCCUGCCCUUUGACGGGAGGCCCACGUUCCUCUCCGUCAAACCGCUGGACUGUCAGUUCGCCCUGGCCCGCAGGGGUCAGGCUGACCUCCAGAUGUUGGAUGUGUACUCAUUGCUUAGCUUUGAUAAUGUGGACGGUGGAGUGUGGAAACAGGGAUUCGACAUAACCUAUGACCCUACGGAGUGGGACAGUGAACCACUCCAGGUUUUUGUUGUGCCGCAUUCUCACAAUGACCCAGGCUGGAUCAAAACCUUUGACAAAUAUUACUACGACCAGACACAGCACAUCUUCAACAACAUGGUGGUUAAACUCCAGGAGGACCGACGCAGAAAGUUCAUCUGGUCUGAAAUCUCUUUCUUCGCCAAGUGGUGGGAGAGCGUGGACAUUCACAAACAGGAAGCCAUGCGCAAGCUAAUCCACAGUGGACAGAUGGAGGUAGUGACGGGUGGCUGGGUGAUGACGGAUGAAGCCAACGCUCACUACUUCGCUAUGAUCGACCAACUUAUCGAGGGCCAUCAGUGGCUGGAGAAAAACAUCGGUGUGACUCCACGCUCGGCCUGGGCGGUAGACCCGUUUGGACACAGUGCGACCAUGUCCUAUCUGUUGAAGAGAUCCAAUCUGACAAGUAUGCUCAUUCAGAGAGUCCAUUACUCCAUUAAGAAGCACUUUGCGUCCACACGCAGUCUGGAGUUUAUGUGGAGACAGGCGUGGGACCCAGCGUCCAGCACAGACAUAUUUUGUCACAUGAUGCCAUUCUACAGUUACGACGUCCCUCACACGUGCGGCCCUGACCCAAAGAUCUGCUGCCAGUUUGACUUUAAGAGGUUGCCAGGCAGCAGAGUCAACUGCCCCUGGAAGGUUCCGCCUCGUGCCGUCACCGACGGCAACUUGGCAGAGAGGGCUCACCUCCUGUUGGAUCAGUACCGCAAAAAAUCCAAACUGUUUCGAAGCAAAGUGCUGCUGGUACCGCUGGGUGAUGAUUUUCGCUACGACAAAGCAUUGGAAUGGGAUCAGCAGUACCAGAAUUACCAAAAACUCUUUGACUACAUGAACUCUCACUCAGAGAUGCACGUCCAGGCCCAGUUUGGAACACUGACAGACUACUUUGACGCUCUCUAUAAGACCUAUGGGGUUGCUCCAGGAACCAGACCCCCGGACUACCCCGUCCUGAGUGGAGAUUUCUUCGCCUACGCAGAUCGUGAGGACCACUACUGGAGCGGUUACUAUACCUCACGACCUUUCUACAAGAACCUGGACCGGAUCCUGGAAUCUCAUCUCAGAGGGGCAGAGAUCCUCUACAGUCUGGCUGUGGCACACGCUCGCCAUGCUGGCAUGGAAGGACGUUACCCCACCUCUGAUUAUUCACUUCUGACUGAUGCCCGCCGAAACAUCGCCCUCUUCCAGCACCAUGACGCCAUUACGGGCACUUCAAAGGAGGUGGUAGUGAUUGACUAUGGGAACAGGCUGCUUCGCUCUCUGAUUGGUCUAAAGCGUGUCAUUAUAAACGCUGCCCAUUUUCUCAUCAUGAAGAACAAGGACAUAUACCGUUUCUACCAGACCGAGCCCUUCCUGGAGACAGACGAUAGGCGUGCCACACAGGACUCCCUUCCCCAACGUACACUCAUUGAGUUGGAAUCGUCUCCCAGGUAUGUGGUGCUGUUUAACCCUGUGGAGCAGGAGCGUCUGUGUGUGGUGACAGUGUUGGUGAAUUCAGCGCGGGUUCGAGUCCUCACCGAAGAUGGACAGACUCUCCCAGUGCAGCUCAGCGCUCAGUGGAGCUCCGCUAUUCAGAUGAGUGCUGAGGUUUACCAGGCUUCGUUUAUGGCUCGUCUCCCUGCUCUGGGAUUGGCUGUUUUCCAUUUGUAUGACUCUGCCGAUUCUCCGAUGACGCUCCGCUCGGACACUGUCCUGAGGGUUCCCAGUCAUGGUCAGACGAUCCGGGGAGUGGACCCCCUCCCCUUACGCUCACAGAUGGCUGAUUCCCAGCCCUUCUACAUCCACAGCCAGUCCCUUACCCUGGGCUUCUCUGGAACCACUGGACUCCUGGAGAGUAUCAGGCGGAAAGACGACCCUCAGGAGGUCAGAGUUCAGAUACAGUUCCUCAUCUAUGGAACACGCUCCUCUAAGGAUAAGAGUGGAGCAUAUCUCUUCUUACCAGAUGGAAACGCCAAGCCGUACACUCAAAGAGAACUUCCUAUAGUGCGUGUGGUUGAAGGUCCUCUGUUUGCUGAGGUGGUGGCUCAUUACCAACACUUCCAACAGACUAUACGCAUACACAAUGUACCAGGAGUGGAUGGGCUUUCUCUGGACAUUACAGUCAUGGUGGACAUCAGGGACCAGACCAAUAAGGAGUUAUCUAUGCGUAUAGUCACAGACAUUCAGAGUGAAGACACUUUCUACACAGACCUGAACGGAUACCAGAUCCAGCCCAGACGGUAUUUCCAGAAACUUCCACUGCAGGCUAAUUUCUACCCCAUGCCUUCUAUGGCCUACAUACAGGACAGUCAGUACCGGUUAACUCUACACACUGCUCAAGCCCUUGGUGUCAGCAGCCCGGCCAGUGGUCAGCUGGAGGUGAUCCUGGACCGCCGGCUGAUGCAGGAUGAUAACCGUGGGUUGGGACAGGGUCUGAAGGACAAUAAGAGAACAGCCAACCGCUUCCGCCUCCUGCUGGAGAGGAGGACCGGCAGUAACAGGCACACGGGCUCUUAUGCCAAAGUCAGCUCCCUGAUACACUCUAUCAUCGCCCACAUCCUAGGAGACCGCAAGAAAGAGGCUGUAGAUGGUGGACCAACCAGCUUCCCUUCACUGCUCAGUCACAUGACAUCUGCCAUCCUAAACCAUGAGGUGCUGGCACUGCCUGUGAUACCCAAAAAGCGUGGUGUACCUCCUCUCCGCACCUUUGCCCCUCUGGCAGCCACCAUGCCAUGUGACUUUCACCUUGUCAACCUCCGAAGCAUCCAGAGUCAGAGUGCCCACUCCCCGUCUCCGUUCACGGCUCUGAUUCUCCACCGUAAGGGUGUGGAUUGUGGUCUGGAGGCUCAGAAUCCUGGCUUUAACUGUACGACCACACAAGGACAGCUGUCGAUUUCUGGACUUUUCCGAGGUUUAGAGCUCCAGUUGUUGCAGCCCAUGUCUCUGUCUCUGAUGUACUCAGCUGCUCCCCUGGCCAAUGACUCCACUGUCACUCUGGAUCCCAUGGAGAUUUCUGCUUACAAGCUCAAACUGCACUAAACCUUGGCACACACAGCAGAGCCGCACAGAGCUGGCUGUCUUUGCAAACCCAGAGCAGGCCCCUAAGCCAGCGUUACAGGCUUCUGCUACACGCACACA